AUGGGCGUCCGAUUCCUCGUCAACUUCGUCCUCUUGGCCCUGCCCAUCGGCAUCACGCUGGGCGUCCUGCUCGGCCUCCAGCAGCACAAGGACGCCACGGGCGGAGGGCCCAUCUUCGGCGGCGACGAUGACCAGCCCGGCAAAACGCCCAGCAACAACAAGUUCACUCAUGUGCAGAACUGCGACAAGUCGUUUGGUAUUCACCCGGACUCCAAGGGCCAAAACUACACGCCGCAUCUUGCAGUGAACCCUAACCAGUGGGGAUGGGACGGUAAAGACGGUGGUCUCUGCAUGGACGUCUGGACGAGGAACAACAACACUUAUCCCACCAAGACCACGGCACCCGAAUGGUCCGUGACAUGGCAGUAUCCCCAGGGCAAUACCGAGCUGCCUGUGCACGCUUUCCCUAACAUCAAGGUGGAAGAUGUCUUCCCCCUCAAGAUCAAUGCGAUUAGCAGCAUGGACAUUGACUUUGAGUGGACGUAUGGCGUCGGCAACAACGCAUCGGACAAGGUCGACAUCGACAAGCUCGAUGCGGUAACUCUCAACGCCAACGUCGCCAUGGAUAUGUUCUUGGACAGCGACAGCACCAAGGCCGGAAACAGUACUGAAGCGUCCCACGAACUGAUGGUGUGGUUUGCCGCUAUCGGAACAGCCACCCAACCCCUUGGCAUGACGAAAAACACAGUCGCAGUCGCAUCCGCAAAAAACGUCACCAUCGACAACGUCAAGUUUGGUCUGUUUUUCGAUGAAAACGAGAGCAAACAGUUUGUCAUCACGUGGUACUGCUUCGAUAUUGUAGACACCUUCACGGGAGAUUUAUAUCCCCUGGUUGAGGAGGUCAUGACCUUGGGCAAGAGCGGCGACGCCGACUAUGCUGACUUUCCGUCCUCCUCCGACUACAUUGGAUACAUGAGUUGGGGCUCUGAGGCCUACUACUCGACCAAGAAUGUCACAUUUAAUGUUCCCCAUCUGUCAAUAGAUGUUGGCUCAAAGUAA